AUGUCCUUUCCCAACAGCUCUCCUGCUGCUAAUACUUUUUUAGUAGAUUCCUUGAUCAGUGCCUGCAGGAGUGACAGUUUUUAUUCGAGCAGCGCCAGCAUGUACAUGCCACCACCUAGCGCAGACAUGGGGACCUAUGGAAUGCAAACCUGUGGACUGCUCCCGUCUCUGGCCAAAAGAGAAGUGAACCACCAAAAUAUGGGUAUGAAUGUGCACCCUUAUAUACCUCAAGUAGACAGUUGGACAGACCCGAACAGAUCUUGUCGGAUAGAGCAACCUGUUACACAGCAAGUCCCCACUUGCUCCUUCACCACCAACAUUAAGGAAGAAUCCAAUUGCUGCAUGUAUUCUGAUAAGCGCAACAAACUCAUUUCUGCUGAGGUCCCUUCGUACCAGAGGCUGGUCCCUGAGUCCUGUCCCGUUGAGAACCCCGAGGUUCCUGUCCCUGGAUAUUUUAGACUGAGUCAGACCUACGCCACCGGGAAAACCCAAGAGUACAAUAACAGCCCCGAAGGCAGCUCCACAGUCAUGCUCCAGCUCAACCCUCGCGGCGCGGCCAAGCCGCAGCUCUCGGCCGCCCAGCUGCAGAUGGAAAAGAAGAUGAACGAGCCAGCGAGUGGCCAGGAGCCCACCAAAGUCUCCCAGGUGGAGAGCCCCGAAGCCAAGGGCGGCCUUCCGGAAGAGAGGAGCUGCCUGGCAGAGGUCUCCGUGUCCAGUCCCGAAGUACAGGAGAAGGAAAGCAAAGAGGAAAUCAAGUCUGAUACUCCAACCAGCAAUUGGCUCACUGCAAAGAGUGGCAGAAAGAAGAGGUGCCCUUACACUAAGCACCAAACGCUGGAAUUAGAAAAAGAGUUCUUGUUCAAUAUGUACCUCACCCGCGAGCGCCGCCUAGAGAUCAGUAAGAGCGUUAACCUCACCGACAGGCAGGUCAAGAUUUGGUUUCAAAACCGCCGAAUGAAACUCAAGAAGAUGAGCCGAGAGAACCGGAUCCGAGAACUGACCGCCAACCUCACCUUCUCUUAG